AUGAAUAAUAUAAGUGCCGGCAGCAACAGUAACAGUAGCAGCAACGGCAAUACGAAGUACGGCGACAUGGAUGUUGAGUUGGCUUCAAUAGUGUCAUCGCUUAGUGCGCUGUCUAAUUCGGGCAGCACGUCGAAUAGUAUGGGUGGUGGUGCCUCGGGGAACGGUAAGCAGCUCGGCGGGUUUAGAAGGUCGAGUUUCAACUCGAGCGAUGCGGAUUCCGAUGUGGGGUUCGCCAACAACAACGGCAACACUUUCAAAAAUUUGAGUCACUCCCUGGGGACUGCCCCACCGUAUGCUUCCAGUUUCAACCAGUUGCUGUCAUCGAACGGGACCACUGGUGCUAGCAACAACAACAACAAUAACAACUACUAUUACUCCUCGUCGGCGUCUCACGCGGGGAACAACAGUAUGAAGCAGAGGCUUGGCUUAUUGGGGUCGUACCCUAACUCGAUGGCUGGGCCCGGUCCCACGUUUACUAUCUCGAAUGGUAAGGACAACAACUAUGCGCACACCAUUCAGAAUAUCACCACUGGUGCGACAGGUGGUGGUGGUAUGGGGUCUGGUGGGUUCUUCGAGGCGUUUGGGAAAUCCAUUAUUGAGGGCACCAGAGAAUUGGAGAAUGACGAUAACGUCACAGUCCCCUCAUCGCACCCGGGUAGCCAAGUCACGUUGGAUAGGGGGAACAUCAGUCCAGCAGCGUUCAACAGUGACGAUCAGCACAGUGGCAGCGAUCACACUGGGUCCAUCAACAGUGCUCUAUCGUCGCACCCAAAGAACAUCUGGAACCCAGCAUCCACAGAGACUUUCAAACCUGGACUGGAGGCAUUCCCACAACAACAGCCACAGCCACAGAUGGUUAUGAAAAACGGACAGUACCUUGUGAAACAGCCAAUGUUCCAGAAUGGAUUCCCCUACAACAACGGGUUUCAACAGUUCCCAAUGGUCCCCCCACCGAAUUCAUUCAUCCCAAUGAUGAUGUACCAGCAGGGGAAUGACGGAGUCAAGGACCAAGCUCAGGAGAAUUUUGUAAAUACCGCUCCUACUCCUGCAGAAGACAACCCGGCGACGUCCCCGCUUUCCCCCACUGUACUACCUGUAAAUACCGAGGACUUCGACGGCUCCAACCCUGGUUCAGGUAAUUCACCUGAAACUUUAAAUAUUCUUUCACCAACAAACAGGGGGGACUCCAAGGGUAUGGUAUUUGUGCAAGGCCAAGAUGAACGGAACGCAGAACCGUUCUAUUACCCCACAUUCAACGAGGAUAAUCGCACUAGCAACAACGGCAAGGGUGCCAAACUUCGCAAGAACUCUGAUCAUGUAAAUAAGCAUAAGGGUAAACAUAAGGGCCACAACAAAAAUGACAAGACGAACCAGUUGGGGGCGAACCAAGCGAAUCCGUACCUGGACCAAGCAAAGUACGUUAGAAAGAAUGGUUUCGCUGCCACCCACAAGAAUGACGCACCAACACUACACCACAACGACUCGGAAAGUGGGACUGCCAAGAAGCAACAGUCAGCACAGCCUGCGUUCCAUAGAUCGCCAUUGUUGGAGGAGAUCAGGAGCAACAGCAAUAACGAGGAGAAGACGUAUCAUUUGGCGGACAUCUGCGGCCACACACUGGAAUUCUGUAAAGAUCAGUAUGGGUCCCGUUUCAUUCAGAAAGAGUUAGCAACAGCGUCCUCAUCAGAGAAGGAGGUUAUCUUCAACGAGAUCAGAGAUGAUAUUUUGACUCUUUCAAACGACGUCUUUGGUAACUACGUAAUUCAGAAGUUCUUCGAAUUUGGAUCGAAGACUCAAAAGGAUAUCCUAAUAGACAACUUCAGUGGUAAAAUGAAGGAAUUGUCCAUGCAAAUGUACGCCUGUAGGGUGAUCCAAAAGGCGUUGGAGUUUAUUGAUGCAGAUCAGAGGAUUGAACUUGUGAAAGAACUGUCAGACUGUGUGCUGAAGAUGAUUAAAGACCAAAAUGGUAAUCAUGUUAUUCAGAAAGCCAUUGAGUGCAUCCCAAUUGAGUUGCUUCCCUUCGUCUUAACGUCUCUAACGGGUCACAUCUACCAUCUGUCCACACAUUCGUACGGUUGUCGUGUAGUCCAAAGGUUGUUGGAGUUUGGGUCCCUGCAGGACAAAACCGUCAUAUUACUUGAGCUGAAAGAUUUCAUUCCCUAUUUGAUCCAAGAUCAAUACGGUAACUACGUCAUUCAACAUGUACUACAGCACGGCUCCGAUGAUCCAGAUUGUCUACCUAUGGUCAGCACAAAGCAGGAGAUAAUUGAGAUUGUCUCUAAAAACGUUGUAGAGUUUUCGAAACAUAAGUUCGCCUCCAACGUUGUCGAAAAGGCGAUCCUUUACGGAACCAAAGAGCAAAAAGAUUCUGUUAUCUCCAAGAUCUUACCAAAGAGUAAAGAGCAUGCGGCCAAUCUAGAGGAUAACGCUCCAAUGAUUCUCAUGAUGAGAGACCAAUUUGCUAAUUAUGUGGUUCAAAAACUGGUGACUGUGUCGGAAGGUGAGGGCAAGAUCCUCAUUGUCAUUGCAAUACGGGCAUAUUUGGAUAAACUGAACAAAUCUAACUCGCUGGGGAAUAGACAUUUGGCCAGUGUUGAGAAAUUGGCCGCAUUGGUCGAUACUGUUGAGAUUUGA